GGAUUGCCGAGGGCAAGAUCCGAAGCGACGAUGGCUGACGUGUACGGCACCUACGGCAUCUACGCGCUCUACGCGGGCGUCGCGCUCUUCCUCUACGUGCUGAGUUAUCUUAUUGUGACCAAGCUCGAGGUGCGCCCGACGCCCGCGAGCGAAGGGCUCGUCUUCAGCCAGCCCGACAAGCUCUCGCGCAUCAUGAGCAUCCUCUCGCUCUUCUUCGCGCUCCUCUGCAUCUUCACGCCGCCGGUUGACGUUUACGUGACGACAACGCGCCACCUGAACCAGGCCAAGGCCAUGGGCAUCGUCUACGACGUGCUCCUUGUGAUGCUCCUCAACUUCUCCCUCCUCUUCUCGCCGUUUGCCUUCUUCUACGCCAAGCAGAGCGAGAUCCAGCACAUUACGCGCGCGACGGCCUCACGCCGCGUUGUGGCGGCGUUGAAGCGCACCGCGUGCUUCCUCUGCUUCAUGCUCAUCCUCGUCACGAUCGUGCUUAUCGUCGUCUUGUGCGGGAAGCCUCGCGCCGACCUCGACUGGCUCAAGCCACUGCUGCAUUUGGACGACGACGCCACGCUCGUCUUCCGCGUCUUCCUCGGUCUUGUGCUGUGCAUUGGCUCGGUGCUCUGGAUUUGGCUCGCGGGCCGCGCGAUCGCCUCGAUUCCGGUUGACGGCCUCCUGCGACCGCGCCGCCACGACCGCGCCGCACUGAGCUACCUCAUGGAGGAGAUCGAGCUCGAGACGCACGCUGUGGAGCGGUCGCGCCAAACCGUUAUGCGCAAGUACACGUCGUCGGACAGCACCAUGUCGGCGUCGGACCGCGACCGCCUCGAAGAGCUCAAGAAGCGCGAUCAAGUGCUCUUGGACCGCCGACGUGUGUUUGCCAAGCAGCGUACGCAGUGGGUCUGCUGCACGUCCAUGGUGUGGCGCGUCCCGAUCGGCGCCCUUUUGAUGGUCAUCUCGCUUCUCAUCGUGUUUUCGCUGCUGCUGACGACGAUCGACAAGCUCAUGCACGGCCAGUACGACGCGGGCUUUGUACUCGAGACGCCGCAACUUCCGAACCCGAUCGACCUGGUGCUCGUACUGAGUUCCAAGGUGUUUCCGCUCGACUAUGCUCUCUUUGCGUGCUUCUUCUUUUACAUUUUCGUGUCGGCGUUCUUGUGGCUGAGUCGGCACGGGUUUAAGUUUCUCUGCUUCCGCAUGGACCGCCUCCAGCGCCGCAACACGGCGCCGUCGACGCUCAUCUUAGCCACGCUCGCCAUGAUCUACCUCUCGCUCAUGGGGCUCUUCUCGCUCCUCACGCUCGCGCCGCAGUACGCCACCUUUGGCCACCAAACGUUUACGAACGCGACGACGGGCGAGACGCACCCGUGCACGCUGCACGCGAGCUCGCUGCUGCCCGAGGCCUGCGCCACGACGCAGCUGGCGCGCAUCUUUGACGGCUUUGCUGGCGGCGUGCCCAUGGUCGGAGCUGCGUUUGUCUUCGCCCAAGGCGCCUUUGCGCUCCUCUUCUUUCCGUUUGUGAUCCAGGCAUACCUCCUCACGACCGAGCCAGAGGAUGCGAGCGACGACCCGAAGCGCGAGAGCCUCCUGAACCGCAACGAAGUGUACGUGUAA